UGGUACAAGUUCACGGUAGUGAGUGACCUCUUCCACCGUCGGUAUCGUGCUAGUUUGACUGGUUAAUAUUGAUCUUCGUCCAGAGAAAAGGAAUGCUUGAGGAAAUCGAUGAUUUCCUUGUAACGUAACGUAGAAACCGUGAGUUUGUUGUACAAGAAAAUAUUCAGCCAACCGAGUUGGUUUUCAUUCAAUAUAGUUAACGUUUCUGUCAUGUACGUUGGUUAUUAUGGCGCAGGUUAUGUGCACCGUUCUUUGAACGUAGCGGUAAACAAGGUGGAAAAGUUGAAUUUAACAGAAUACAACGAAUCCAAGCGUUCCGACGACUUUCGUCAUUGAGAAAUCAGAUUUUCCCAGAUCAAUAGGUACUAUGCUUAAUUAAGUAUAAUGACGGGAAGAGGUUAAUCAUUAUUUGGAUUUCAUAGAAGAAUUCUUCAAGGACACUCCUUGUAUCAAGACCCAUUAUAAAAUGGUUGUUACGUCAGACAACACAAAUGUGCGAGCUUCAGAGAAUCUGUUAUGGAGAACCGUCUGGAGCACGGAGAACAAUGGCUGUAGAAGAAUCUCUUAAAUUAUCCAGAAACGCAAAUAUCAAAGUUCUUGUGGCCCAUUUAAAUGAUUUGGCUGAGCAACGUGGAAUCACCAAUAAAACGGAACGCAAGAUAUUAGAGGAAGCGAUUAAGACAGUGUUGGUGACUAAAAAGAUAAAUCCAACAGCGCACCCUGACUUUGCUAAGUCAUUUGGCAAGUGUGUAGAAUUAAUUUGGGGCUAUAAACAACUUUGCGUGGAAUGCGAGGAGCUUAGAAAAACGCCUUAUGAUGCUGAGAAUCCUCAGCAUGAAUUGCUGUUGUUACAAUUGUGGAAUUCAUUAAUGCCUUAUGAGCCUUUAGAUGCUAGAGUUACAAAGCAGUGGCAGGAAAUUGGAUUUCAGGGUGAUGAUCCAAAAACAGACUUUCGUGGAAUGGGAAUAUUAGGAUUGGAGAAUUUGGUUUAUUUUGCACAAGAAUACCCUAGUGCUGCAACACACGUAUUAUCCCACUCUACGCAUCCACGUUAUGGCUAUGCCUUUGCUAUAGUUGGUAUAAAUUUAACGAGUAUGGCUCUACGUUUGUUGAAAGAUGGAACUGCCAAGACCCAUAUUUAUAAUUCCUCAAAGACUUUGCCAACAAUUCGUGCCUUUCAUCAAUUUUAUUGUUACCUCUUCUAUGAAUUUGAUGGGUUUUGGAUAGACUCAAAGCCAAGUAACAUGAUGGAAUUCUCAUCUAUACAAGAGAAAUUUGAGAAUAGCAUUAGAAUGGCAUUAGCUGAUCCAUCUACUGUCUUUAGGAUAAAUAUAUCAGUCGAUAAUGUUUAAUAUAGAAGCAAUAUUUUCUGUUGAUAAGACCAAAAAUAUCACACAGGGAAUAAAUAUAAUUUUAAAUAAUGCACAGAAAUCAUUUCUGUAAUAUAUGUUGCACAGUGUCUUGUGAGUGAUUAUAGGGACUACUGAAAAUGUAAGACAACUGAACACAGUUAUGUUUCAGUCAUUAUGUUACAGGACUAUACAAAGAACUUAACGCAUUUCAUAUAUUUUUACUUUAUUUUUCUAUGAACUUGCCAAUAAAAGUUAUAAAGAGGUGUAUGUAUCUAAUGAAUGUGAUGAUGUGGACAUUCAAAUUUAUUUCUUUAAUGCAAAUAAGUUAAAGUAUAAUUGAAGUAUAAUUUAUAAUACUUAAAUAAAUAUAUUGCUUUCAAUCAGGUGGUAUUUAAUUGUUAAGUGGGCAAAUGUAAAUGUAAAACGCACACUUCCAUUAGCAUAAAUAUUUGUUCUUAGAAGACACUAUGAUAAAUAUUUUAACAUCUUUUAAUAGCAACAAUUUUUAUUUAAGAAUAUUUAUUGUAAAACGUAAAAAAUAUUUCUGUUAAAAAAAUGAACCACAUUGUAACUAUCACACACUAUUUUAUAUGGAAUAAAAUGCAAUGUCUAGGAAUAUAAACAAAUUUAUAUCUCUCUGUACAUAUUAUGGGUACUGAAUUUAUCAAUACAAUUGUGGAAGCAUAUUGUUGUCAACUAACAUGAAAAUAGUCGAAAAGUACAGUACAAUUGUAUUUAAAAAGUUUUAUUGUAAACAUGAAUAGUUUGACACAGUACCCAUAACAUAUUUUUGGUGCAUAAAAUUAUUAGUCUUUCUUUUGAGGCAUCUCAGGUUUGCGUCUGAAUUUAGACGCUACCGAAAUUAUAAUAAGUACACCAAUGGUAAUACUACCAAGCUUCAUGAUCCAUGGAUUAUCACGAAGUCCAUUUGCGAUCGUUUGUACGAAAUCAUCACUGAAAGAACAAUUAUUUUUUGUAACAAGAUAUCACCGCAAACCAUUUUGUUAAUUAUGUUAAACAGAUGUUAGCACUUACAAUGGGGUUUGCGGUACAGGUACAAUUUCGGCACGCGCAUUUUUGUACCAAUCUUUUGCAAAUGAUACAAAUGCAUUAAUAUCGUAUUUCGGGAUUUCGUAACGAUACAUUUUACCAUGCCUGAAGCUAGGGGUAUAAAUAAAUCAUAU